AUGCACCCACAAAUCAUCCGCUCUCUUGCUCUUCUGGGCUGCACCUCGCUCGCUGUGGCCAAUGACAUCGUCUCGCUCAUCCUCCCAAACGUUGAUCAGCAAGAUCUGGUCGGCGAGGUUAUCGGCACCGAUGGCCCAUUGACGACCUAUCUCAUCCAAUGCCCCGAUGGCGCCGACUCGAACGAUUGCGGUAUUCCUCCGGAGGGCCUCACCGUCACCGCGGGCGAUGAUACCUUCAUCUUCGAUUACACCUACGAGGACUACUGGCUCCGCCAAAGCUGCUCCCACCGCGGCACGACCUGGUUCUCGUGCGCUGUGACAAACACUCAAUCCGACUUCUCGACCGUCAUGACCACCGCCACCUCAGUCGACAUGCCCUACCAGGCCGUCACCAUCACCGCGACGGCCACGGACAGCGACAACGACUCCUCAACCACCGUCACAAGCACCCGCUCCUCCUCCGCCGCGCAGCCUUCUGAAACUGACAUUGACGACGACUCCGAAGAAGCCUCCACAACCUCCUCCGGCGCUGAGUCUUCUACCACGCCCUCCCCCACGGCCUCUGAGGAGGCCGACGCCGAGGAAACGACUUCUGACAACGCGGCUAUGGCCCAGGUGACUGGGUCUGCGGCUCAGUGGCUUGUUAGCGGCGCUGGUAUGGCGCUGGCUCUUGUUCUGGCUUAG